CUGUACGAAAAGUCGAAAUCGUGCUUCGAGACCGGAACCCUGGCAGCUUGGAUGAAACUCUGGAAAGUGCGUUUACUUUUUCGACCACGUUCAGCGGAAGUGCGGGGGUUUCGUCUGUUCUAGACACAGGUAGUCUAUGGCCGUGUUCGAGAGGAUCAACUCCGCAAUGUAUCAUGGGUGAAAUUUUGAAUGACUGACUGAUCUACAAAUUAGAACGAGGCUUUAUUUAUCAUUCAAGGUGAUUUUUAGAUCAGUCAUUCGGCAGUCGCUUGCGGUCGUUAUGAUGCUCUCGUAAACAGCCGAUUUAAAGCGUGCGUCUUGGCACGUUAUACACCAGUUUCACACUUCAAGUCCGACAGACAACUCUUCCAGCAUAUAUACUCUCUCUAAAGAAUCAUGGACUUCGAUUUAGCUGACGCUCUGCCGAGCUCAUAUUCGAGUAUGGAGUUUGAUACCGAAUACCGCCCGCCUGAUGCGAAGAGUGGACCAGAGACGGAGCGCUGUGGGCUGCACGCGGACCUGAGCCUCGACUUGGAGGUUAUCCUACAGCAUCGGGGAGGCAUGAGACAGGUGGCUCACCUGGUGAUUGCGCUGCAUAGAAUGAAAAACCCCUUCCGGAAGUCCGACUCCACACACACUUCCCUAGACGUGGAGUGCACCGACGAGCAGUUUUGCAGCAUCAUCAUGGAUAACCUGGUGGAAGAGUGUGUGAUGGUCCCGAUCCAGGGGCCAAUGGGAACGGUGGCCAAAAAGGAAAAGGGGACCUUCGAGCAGAUUGGCAACCCCGAGCAGUAUAGCCUGUGUGACCGUCACCAGAAGAGCCUGGUGUACUGCCACAGAACCAUGGAUCUGAAGGCCGUCACAAUCCGGGGAGGCAACAACCGGAGAGCGAGGUUCAACCUCUCCAGGUAUAGUAAUGCCAGCACCACCACCAAUCAGGCCCUGCCAGUUGUCUUAGGGAUAGACCAAUGGAACCUCUCCUGCUCCAAGCAGGCAGACAGCGCAACUCCUGUCCUACAGUUGGAGCGCUGUGAGGACCAGUUAACAACCAUCGGGGCUCAAGAAGAAACAGUUCGCUUCCUCUUCUACAAGAAUACCACUGGCUUCUCCCUGACCACCUUUGAGUCGGCAAUGUACCCCGGCUGGUUCAUCAGCACCUCACUGGAGCCAAGCCAGCCCAUAGAAAUGUGUCAGAAACAGGACGCCAGAAAGCUCAUGAACUUCAUGGUCAGAAACUAAACACAUACAAUCUGUCCCCAUAGUGUAUGUACCACGUACAACCAGAGAGAGAGUGCAGGGUGAAUCUGAGAAGAUAGACCGACUGAUAUUGUAGAGGAGUUGAAUGUUGAAUUGAUAGAGCUCUGCUUUUCUCAAACUCAAACAGCGUUACAUUGUGUGGUAACUAGCUCCUUCCUUAAACCACCACCAAUGUUUAUUGAAAGUGGUUUGGUUGUAGUGAGGGUGCUUGACCAGCAGAUGGUGCUGUGUGUUUAUUCUCUCUUCUGCAGUAUUGUGUUUAACCUCAGAAGCGAUCUUUUGGUGUUUGUUUCAUUAGUCGUUGUUGAUACCGGCAGUAUUUCUGUAUUUUGAAAGUUAUAAACUUUAUUGCUGACAUAAAUGUUUUGGGGACUAUAUCAACAAUAGACCAAUGAAACUAAUACCAAAAUAUCAUUAUUUGGUGGCGUUUUUUCUUUGACUCUUUAAGGGAAGGCCCAGUUAGAACUGAUUGCUCUGUAGGAUAGUAAUUGCUUUAGCUUCGCAAUGUUUUAGCCACAAAUGUAAAUGUUCAAAGUGUUACAUAAAAAUAAAAAAAAGUAAAUUCAUAUUGAAUUCUUUAUCUUAUGGCUACAGUGCCAAGUAUAAAAUGCAUACAUUACAGUAGAGUAGAAAAGAGUAGAAUCGUUAAUAGUUUUUCUAAGCAGUUCUCAUUUGUUUUUGUUUUUUUCUACUUUCUGUACUGUCUUGGAUACAAGUAAUUUUUGAAAAUGUCUCUGUUUGUACUCUGACUGAAUUAUCUGCUUUAAAUCAGUGAAGAGGAGAUUUAAUUUUUUUGUAUUUCCUAUUAGAAAGUGAAUCAUUGUCUAACAUUGCAGAUGUCAUUUUUACUUUAAGUAUUUAUCGACAUUGAAAUUGUGCCUUUUAGUGCUAUUUAUUUAUUUCUAUAAGAAUGCCAGUCAAUCAUCACUUUUCUAAUAUUACCAUUAACUUUAUGAGAUAAAAAACAAUCUAACAUUGUACAUAAACAGCUAACAUCAACUAAUAUGUAACACACAAUGUUCUUUGUCUUUUAGCGCAAAUAUUGUUGUUUUUCAAUUCUUCAAAAUGUACAGUGCCAUUCAAAAGUUUGGAUUUGAUUUGUUUAACACUUUUGUUGGUUAAUACAUGAUUCCGUGUGUUAUUUCAUAGUUUUGAUGUCUUCACUAUUAUUCUACAUUGUAGAAAUAAAGAAAAACCCUGGAAUUAGUAGGUAGGUCCAAACUUUCGACUGGUGCUGUGUAUGUUUUAACAUUUCAAUGGUUCUAUGAUGUAUUUUACUGUAUGUUGGAAAUAAAGUUCAUC